AUGCCGGGGCUCCUCGCCAUACCUGCUUGUGCCGUCACUCAGAAACUGAAAGGAAGAGAGAGACGUCACAGCUGUCAGCAAUGUGAAAAAUCCUUUACAACAUCUGCACAUUUAAAGUGCCACCUGCGUAUUCAUACAGGAGAAAAACCGUACAGCUGUGAAGAGUGUGGGAAAACAUUCAGGGAAUCAGGUAAUCUAAAAAAACAUCAACGUAUUCACACUGGACAGAAACCGUACAGCUGCGAAGAGUGUGGGACAACAUUCACUAGAUCUGGUGAUCUCCAAAAACAUCAACGUAUUCAUACAGGAGAAAAACCAUACAGCUGUGAUUUGUGUGGGAAGACAUUCAGGGAAUCGGGUAAUCUAAAAAAACAUCAACGUAUUCACACUGGAGAAAAACCUUACAGUUGUGAAGAGUGUGGGAAACCAUUCACUACAUCAAGUGAUCUACAAAGACAUCAACGUAUUCAUACUGGAGAAAAACCGUACAGUUGUGAAGAAUGUGGGAAAACUUUCACUACAUCAGGUGAUCGCCAAACACAUCAACGUAUUCACACUGGAGAAAAACCGUACUGGUGUGAGGAAUGUGGGAAAAUGUUCACUACAUCAGGUGAUCUCCAAAAACAUCAACGUAUUCACACAGGAGAAAAACCGUACUGCUGUGAAGAGUGUGGGAAAACGUUCACUACAUCAAGUGAUCUCCAAAAACAUCAACGUAUUCACACUGGAGAAAAACCUUACUGGUGUGAAGAGUGUGGGAAAACGUAUUCUCAAAGUUCUCACCUUAAGCUCCACGAACGAAUCCAAACCGCAUAGUUUUGAACAACUAUGAGAGCCAAGCUAGCUUUAUUUUUAUAUUUGAAGAGUCUUUCUGAAUUGAAGUCUGACUAACAGACUUAAAUUCACAGAGGCAGUCUCGUUUGAUGUCCCUGGACAAGCCCUGAGGUCCUUUUCAGCUUUUUAAAUAUCCCUAAAAUCCCCCAAAAUAAAAUGGGUGAGGCUUUUAUCCACUAGGCCCCCAAAAUGAGGAACACCAGGAAAUAUCAGAGAGGCUCAGUGGACAUUUUUAAACGCCUUCUAAAGACACAUCUCUUUAGAUUAGCUUAUUAGCAUCCCCCCACUUUAAAUAGUCUUUUAGUCUAUUAUUUACCUACUUUUAUAUUGUUUUAUUUGUAAUAUAGGAGGGGUUUUAUCUUAUAUUAAUUUUUUAUUUAGUUUCAAUUAAAUUAAAUUCAAUCUGAGGGGAUUUUCUUGUUGUUUAUUGAA